AUGUCAAUACACCCGUCACGGCAAGCCUAUGUCGAGGAGGAGGCUGAGGAUGCCGACAUGACAUAUGACCUCUCCAAUGUCCCGCUCGAUACGGAUUAUUACAUGCCAUCAGCUGGAGGUGGUCAAGAAAAAGCCGCCGAUGUGAUUGCACAAUUCAACCGCAAGCGAAAGGCCAACGCCAUCGCCGUACCGACAGACGAUGUCAGAGUCCGCGCAAGGUUACGAGAGAUCGGAGAGCCCAUCACGCUAUUCGGAGAGCGACCAGAAGAUCGAAGGGAUCGCUUGCGAGAGUUGCUGUACGCCAAACAAGAGUCCACAGGCGAACAUGUCGCCAUGGACGUGCAUGACGAGGCAGAAGACGAGGAAGAGCAGGAAUUUUACACAGAAGGCGUCGACGAGUUGGUUGAGGCGAGAAAAGAAAUUGCGCGCUUCUCUCUGCCCAGGACACAACAGCGCGUGCACUUCCAACGACUCGAGUCGGCCAUUCCGCUACAACGACAUGUCGACCACCGCAAUCACGUCAAAGACAGGCUGUCAGGCUUCGAGUUGUUUGGUUCCCAAAUCGCAGGAGAAAGACCAGUCAGCAUGGCCCGAUUCUCGCCAAAUGGAAAGAUGGUUGCUGCUGGAAACUGGGGUGGUUCCAUCAAGCUGUUGGACGUGCCGAACUUGGAAGAGAAGGGUGUGUUCCGCGGUCACACGGCGCAGGUCAGCGGUAUCUCUUGGUUCCCUGGCUCAACUCUCGAUGGCACGACUGUGUCAGAGGGCAGCCUGAACAUGGCCUCCGGUGGUGGUGAGGGCAACAUCCAUCUCUGGUCGCUGAAUCAAGACACGCCCAUCUCGACACUUUCGGGCCACACGGGCAGAGUCUGCCGUACCGAGUUCCACCCUUCUGGCAAGUACUUGGCUUCUGCAUCAUACGACACAACCUGGAGACUUUGGGACGUCGAGACGACUACAGAACUGCUUCUCCAAGAAGGUCACUCGCACGAGGCAUACACUGUCGCUUUCAACACAGACGGUUCUCUUCUUGCUAGUGCUGGACUAGACAGUAUUGCUUGCCUGUGGGACCUGCGAAGUGGGCGUCGUGUCUUGUAUCUCGAAAGUCACAUUGCCCCCAUUUACGGUCUUGAUUGGAGUCCUGAUGGUUACCGCGUCAUGACUGGUUCAGGAGACGGUUUCGCAAAGUGCUGGGAUAUUCGCGCUAUGAAAGAGACUGCUUCGAUAGGUGCUCACAAGGGCGGUGUCACUGAUCUUCGCUGGUUCAAGGGUACGGACAGUCCGUUGAGCGGAAAGGCCCUCAACAGACACAACGACACCCAAGACUUUGCCCCCCAAAACAGCGGCACUUUCUUUGUCAGUUCGGGUUUCGACAGAAACGUCAAGAUCUUCUCUGCCGACGAUUGGGCACUGUGCAAGAGUCUGAGUGGCCAUUCUGGUCAUGUGCUCUCCACAGAUGUAACCAGCGACGCCAAGUGGAUCGUCAGUUCAAGCUACGACCGUACCGUCAAGCUAUGGGCAAGAGACGACAUGCAGGGACUGUACGACAAUGAUGAUACUACAAGCGGCAUGGAUACGAGUACAUAG